CUCACAAUUAAGGUGGGGAACGAGGACAGCUACGGACAGGCACAUAAAUACACAGAACGGCAGGUCCGUGUGCGCACUGUGCGCUCCGGUGCGGGGACGACACCUCCCGCACAGGUUGCUUGGCUUGGACUAAAGAGCUACCUGCAGCAUGAAGGCAACAGGUUCCUUGGUGCUUCUCAGUCUGCUGCUGCUCUCUUUCUUCUCGGACGUAGCAGGUCAAGAUAUUGAAGAGAUUUGUAGAGAGUUUGUGGAGAGAAGCGUGUACUGCACGAGGGAGUCCAACCCUCACUGUGGCACGGAUGGCGUCACGUACGGAAACAAAUGUGCCUUCUGCAAGGCAGUGCUGAAAAGUGGAGGGAAAAUAAGAUUGAAGCACCUGGGGAAAUGCUGAAUCCUCGCUGUCACCGAGGAGCAACAGCUGAGCCCCCGUGAGCAGCGGCUGCAGACGCCUGUGAGCGGACACGGGAGCAGCUCGCCCUCAUCUCUGCCCUCUCUGCUCAAUAAAGUGAAACUCAGCACCA